CGGUCACGGUCGGUGAGCGGGAACGGGGAUCGGAGCAAACCACGCCUGAUCCGGACCUUUUCCGAUGGAGCAGCGCCACUUAUUUGCCAUCGCCGGAACAUCACAACGGGCCCAAGUCUUGUGGUGGAGACGACUGACAAAAUCGUAUCAAAAUCAACUCGUUGGAACGGGCCAAAGUAGCAACCAAUCAUCUGGGAGUGAAUCCUGCUGGUCAGCUGCGAGUGAUAAGCACUGCAACCAUUGAGGUAAACGUAAUCUGAAUUUGACUCAGCACUAACCUUGUCAUACUCACAGAACCUACGCUUGCUAGCACGGAAAGUGUUGGUCCAGCAUCGACUGUGGAGCACAAUUCUGAUGUUGUCCUCUUGGUGUAAUGCUGCAGCAAGGAUCGAAGAUGACCCACGGCAACGAGCGUGAUCCAUAUAAUACUACCCCUCCAUUCUAAACAGCGUUCUUCUUUAUCAACGAUCCCCAUUUGCAAGCAUGGCCAUCAUGGGCUUUGCAGAUGAUGUGUCGUAUCCGAAUAUAAUUGCACUGAGUGCUGUGCUCUUCCUGUCCUAUGUCUUUACGACAGCAGUGUACCGACUGUAUUUCCACCCUCUCGCAAGAUUCCCGGGCCCUUUUUGGGCCAAACUAUCGACCAUUCCGUCGUGGUGGCACUCGAAGAAUCAGGACAGACACCUGUGGCUUCUUGAGUUGCAGGAGCAGUACGGUACCGAGUUCCGCUAUGCCCCAAAUAGCGUCUGUCUUAAUACUCCCAAGGCAUACAGAUACCUAUUUGGCCCCAAGGGUAAUGUCAAGAAAAACUACUUCUACUCCAUUUGGCCCAAGACUGCAGACGGCAUCAACACUUGGAGCGCUACUUCAAUCCCAGUGCACGCCAGAAAGCGUCGUGUAAUCAAUUACGCCUUUUCUGAGAGCGCGCUAAGAGGUGCUGAGGUCUUUGUGCAUGCCAAUGCUGACCGCUGGCUGGAGCUGCUUGGUCAAGGUAUAGAGAGCGAUACCCAGUGGACAGAUUCGAUCAACAUGGCUGAUCAAAUUACUUACUUGGUAUUUGAUAUCCUCGGAGAUCUAUGUUUUGGAAAGAACUUCAACACGAAAGAGGCCAAUAGUACACUACGAAAUAUUCCAGAAGUCAUGGUGAACUUCAUGGAGAUUAUGCACCCGCUUGCCUGGUCCCCCAUAGGUCCACUUUACAUAUGGCUGAAGCCGCGGGGUGCGGACCGACUUCUCGCAGCCGUGACCCCAACCGUCGUCCGAGAGUGGUACGAGUUCGUAGACGAAUGCCUGAAAACUCGAACGGCCAAGCAGAAGGAGCUGGAAGAGAAACCCAUACCCGAGGCGGAAGUGCGCAAGGAUUUCUUCCAUUGGCUCUUUGGUGCCAAGGACCCCGAGACUGGAAUCGGUUAUUCACUUCCAGAGCUGUUUGCUGAGUGCGAGCUCCUCAUCUUUGCAGGAGCUGAUACUACCGCUGUUGUCCUCUCCGCUGCAUUGUUCUAUCUCUCACGAAAUGCUGAUAUUCAGGAGAAACUUGUAAGCGAAAUCCUGUCGACUUUUGAUAACUACCAUGACAUCAAAGCUGGUUCCAAAAUCCAGUCUUGCAACUAUCUCACAGCGUUCCUGAUGGAGGCUAUGCGCAUGUCGACGCCUGUACCCGCCGAGCCAGGUCGCGAAGUGCUCGAAGGCGGAACCACCGUGAAUGGGCACUACUUCCCCAAGGGCACACAGGUCAGCACCGCCUUUUGGGCAAUGCACUAUAACAAAGACUACUACCCCGAGCCUACCAAAUUUCGGCCCGAGCGCUGGAUUGUAGGCCAAGCAGGAUCAACAACGGAAAGCGUUGCGUUGGCCGAGAGCGCGUUCUGCGCUUUCUCAGCUGGCUCGCGUGGAUGUGUGGGUAAGAAUAUGGCAUGGUUGGAGAUGCGUCUCGUGAUAGCGAAGACGCUUUGGAAGUUCGAGAUGAAGCAGGACCCAACAAAUAAGCUUGGCGGUGGAAGCGUCGAUGCCGGACCGGGACGUCGUGAGGAGGGACAGUAUCAGACGUAUGAAAAUUUCUUAAGCAGCAGAAAGGGACCUAUGGUGCAGCUAAAGAAGCGCACACAUUGAGUCAGAGUAGAGGAGACGAGAUGGCAAUGCGUUCGGUCAAAGCUGCGUUCUAGUAUGUCAUUUGGGGUCGUUGGAGUUCAGCGUGACAAUGAAUACACGUUCAGCCAGCCACUGAGCACUUUUGCAGGAUUCAAACCAUCAAUAUUGCAGCUCAGAAACUGUAGAACUACUACCAAGUUCCACCUUUCAGCCACAUACACUCCAAUAAGAGUAAACCC